AAAGAUAAGGAAGACCAGUGGCUAGAGAAAAAAGUGCAGGGUAGUAGAGACCACAUCAUCUUAGAGCAUCUUCAAUGGACCAUGGGUUACGAAGUACAAAUUACAGCUGCCAACAGACUGGGUUAUUCUGAACCAACACUGUAUGAAUUCAGCAUGCCACCAAAGCCCAACAUUAUUACAGACACUCUUUUUAAUGGUCUUGGACUUGGUGCUGUCAUUGGCCUGGGCGUGGCAGCCCUUUUGUUAAUCCUGGUUGUGACUGAUGUUAGCUGCUUCUUUGUACGACAAUGUGGAUUGCUAAUGUGCAUCACCAGGAGGAUCUGUGGCAAAAAGAGUGGUUCGAGUGGAAAAAGUAAAGAACUGGAAGAAGGAAAGGCUGCUUACUUGAAAGAUGGAUCAAAAGAACCAAUAGUGGAAAUGAGAACAGAGGAUGAAAGAAUUACCAAUCAUGAAGAUGGGAGUCCAGUAAAUGAGCCAAAUGAGACAACUCCUCUCACAGAGCCAGAGUAA